AUGGCUGUGGCUUUUACCAAUCUGUCUUGGUGGUUGUGGAGUGGAAAGCAUCAAGAGGCUAAAAUGUCCAGUGGAUCUUCUUUAAAUACUUCACCUGAUUCGGGCCUGUGGGAAUUGGACAGCGUGAAAUUUCCAUUGGUUCAUAAUAGGAAUAUGACCUCCUCAUCUAGACGGGUUAAGCGAAAAUGGCAUAGUCGGGAGGAGCGAAAAAUUGACAGGGAAUAUGAUGUUGUUUUGGUGCCAUCAGAUGGUGGAUGUGUUUCGGGGUCUGAGUCCGAUGAUUCAGAUUGGUCAAUAGGAUGGUUGGAGCCUCAUGGCCCUGAUUUCCAGAGUGAUGAUGAUUUAGAUGAUAGUUUUGCUGUACUGGUUCCUUGCUAUGGGCGUAUUCGCGAGGAUCUGGAAGACAAUUUAAAGGACAAGUUUUUGGAGAAGGUUGGGAACAUCCCUGACAUAUAUGCUGCUGAGAGCAAGAAGUAUAUGGAACAAUGGCUCACUUCUCUACAAAACAGCUGA